AUGCAACACCCAUCAUUUCACAUAGGCACCCCCGAGUUCUCGCCUGUGUCCUGUGCCAACAUCGCAAGAUCAAAUGUGAUCGCAAUACCCCGUGUUCAAAUUGUAUAAAGGUGACUGCACAUCUACCAAUCCGUCUCGUCUAAUUGCCCAUCGUCCCAACUCUCAGUUGAACCCCCCACUUACCAAGUUUCUCCAGGCCAAUGCCACUUGCACACCCAGCACACCAGCUCCGGCUCGCAAGCGACGCCGGCCAAACCAAGAUCUCCAAGAGCGCCUAGCCCGGUGUGAAGAGCUUCUCAAGCAAUAUGCUGGUGGUUCUGUCCCUUCCCAGGCUGACCUCCAAGCAGCCGCACCAUCCGUAGCCUCUGUGACGACCCCUGCCUCAACCUUCAAAGCGGAAACAUCGGACUAUUCGCCCACGUUCGAUGACUUCCCGGAUCGCCGGCACCCCGGAAAAGUAAUUCAUCAAGAUGGGGGUGUUCGUUUUAUAGAUAGCCAACUUUGGUCGACUUUCUAUGACGAGGUGGGUUUUCUCCGCACAAUGUCCCCUCUCCCAGUACUCUCUCUAACCCAGGGUUGUCAUUCAGCUACAAGCUAUGCGAGAAAUUGUAGAUGCCGACGAUCCUGAGGGAUCUAGUGUCUUAGGGACUGAGGGCCAUACUCCUGAAAACAACGCCGACGUACUACUGUUGUCUGACAGCUCUUCCGCAAACCCCGAAGACUACCAACCUGACCCGGUCCAGGCCUUCCGGUUAUGGCAAAUCUUCCUGGACCGCGUCAACCCGCUUACAAAGAUCGUACACGUUCCCACCUUGCAGCCGUACGUAAUUGAGGCAACCAGUGACUCGUCCGGUGUGCCUCUGAACUAUCAGGCCCUACUCUUAUCCGUUUACCUCUUAGCCAGCAUAUCGUUACAGGACACCGAAUGCAUGCAACUAAUUGGGAUUUCUCGAGACCAAGCUGUCCAGAGGUUUACAGCUGGCACUAAACAGGCGUUGAUUAAGCUGGACUUUCUACGCAACUCUGAUAUGGCCUCGAUUCAAGCCUUGGUCUUGUUUCUUGUAAGCGGGUUGACAUGUGUUUUAUGUAUGUGGAGUAACAUGACUGACUGGAGUAGUAUUCACUUCAAGGUCGCUAUGAUAGGCACGCCGCCUGGGUCUUGAGUGGCACAAUCGUGCGUGUUGCUCAGAAAAUGGGCUAUCAUCGCGACGGCGAGUUGCUUGGUCUCACGCCGUUUGAGACCGAGAUGCGAAGAAGAAUAUGGUGGCAAAUUCUAAUGCAGGACACAAAGCUUGCGAUUGUGUCGGGUGUGAUACACAACACUAUUCAGGAUAGUUACGACACGAAACCACCCCGGAAUCUGAACGACGCCGAUCUAUUUCCCGGUUCUACAGAACCUGUACAACCUCGCGAGGGCCCGACGGAGAUGGCAUUUGUUCUCAUCACCAACCGACUCACCAAGUUUAUGCUUUCAGAGAGCUCGAGAAUGGGGUUCGAAAGUGCUAUCAUGGGACACGACCCAAGCAAUGCAGAUGAGCCCCAAGAUCCCAGUAUCAAGGCGAAAUAUAAGGCUAUUAUUCAAGAGCUCGAUAGGGAUUUGUUAGAUAUCGAGCAACGAUAUUGCGACCCAUCUGCUGGAAAUGUUCACAGCGCUGCUCUGACUAUCAGGGCCAUGCUCAUUCGAAAGCUAGAUGAGAUGCUUGUUCCUAUGCAAGAGCAGCCGGAAUGGGGAACCGAGAUUUUCGAGCCCAAAGACAAUCUGGUCAAGCUUGUGCUUAUGAACAACGAACAGAGCGCUGACGCCUACGAUCGGAUGGCACCUUUGGGAUUUCUCUGGUUCGUUAAGCUGCAUUUCCAGCUCGAGGUCUUUGGCGUUUUGACUGGCCAACUUGCCAAACGGCCAACAGGGUCUUUGUCGGAUCGAGGUUGGAGAAUCGUGGAGAAAGUCCACCGCUGGCAGCCUGAACUGUUUGAUGUGUCGAUCAAGGCCUAUGCUUCUCAGGCACAGUUCACUCUCAAGGCCUGGAAGGCCCGCGAAGCAGCCUAUACUGCCCUUGGACAACCCAUCGAAAUACCGUCGUUUAUUUCACGCCUCCGGGAACUCGUUCCUACAUCAGAUUCUAGAGCGUCAACGCAAUCUUGCAUGACGUCUCCCCAAAUGCCCCCACCACAACAGACCAUCAACGAUCUUGACCAAUUUCUUGGCGGCUACUUGGAUGUCUCCUCCUUGAGCUGGGAUAUGUGGGGUGACAUGGCGAACACCAACAGCAAUAAUAACAAUCAUCAAGUAUCAGGUGCAUUCUUCAAUGGCUUUUCUUUGGGCUCGGAGAUGGGUGGCAAAGGUGCCAACCCCAUGCAAUAG